UACCCAGAAAUGGGGAGUGGUGAACUACAUAUCAUGAUUUCAAGAUUGCAAGUAAUUUUAUAAAGUUGAUGAUGAAAAUUUCAGAAGGUAAAUUAUAAUAUACACAGGGAAAUUUGAAUAGCGGAUUCGCAUAAUAAUUGACAUACGAAACUUAAAUCUGCCCACCACCGGCAUCCCGACGGAAUAUCUCCAUCUCCAGCUCAGUCUCCAUGUUUUGAAUUUUAAUAUUUGGAGUCAAACUUGCUGCGGCUGUCACCUGCAACUCAAAACCAAAGGAAGAAAGAAGAAGAAGAAAUCGCCUGCUUCUGCUUGUAAACUUGUAUUCAGGCUAGGAGAGGAAGAUCUUUCUAUGAGUUCCCUGAGAAUCAAGCUCCGAGAUGGAAGAUAUCUGGCUUACAAAGAGAGGGGUGUACCCAAGAACCAAUCCAAGUGCAACAUCAUUGUAGUUCAUGGAUUUGGAAGCUCCAAGGAAAUGAAUUUCCAUGUUCCCCAGGAAUUUAUGGAAGAUUGGGGGAUAUACUUUCUGCAGUUUGAUCGAGCAGGCUAUGGAGACAGUGAUCCAAACCCAAAGCGCACGUUGAAGAGCGAAGCUCUAGACAUUCAAGAACUUGCUGAUCAGUUAGAGAUAGGACCCAAGUUUUAUGUGAUUGGAGUCUCCAUGGGAUCAUAUCCCACAUGGAGUUGUCUCAAAUAUAUUCCACACAGGCUAGCAGGUGCAGCUCUAGUCGUCCCGGUCAUCAAUUAUAGGUGGCCUUCUCUUCCUGAUAGUCUGAUAAAAAAGGAUUACAGGAGAAGACUUAUAAAGUGGUCAUAUUGGAUUUUAAAAUAUGCACCUGGACUGCUACACUGGUGGGUUACUCAAAAACUGUUCCCAUUAACUUCAGGCAUUGAAAAAAACCCGGUAUUCUUCAAUAACAGAGACAUAGAAGUACUUGAGAAGACCAAAGGAUUCCCGAUGCUCACCCGGGAAAAAUUACAACAGCAAGAUGUUUUCGAUACGCUUCGAGAUGACUUUAUGGUAUGUUUUGGUGACUGGGAGUUUGAUCCUGUAGUUCUUGACGAUCCAUUCCCUGGACAUGAAAGCUGUGUUCAAAUCUGGCAAGGUUAUGAAGAUAAAGUUGUGCCAUGUCAACUUCAAAGAUAUAUUUCUAAAAAGCUACCAUGGAUUCAGUAUCAUGAAGUUCCGGAUGGAGGACAUUUGAUUGUCCAUUACAGUGGCAUAUGUGAGGCCAUUCUAAGGGCACUUUUGUUUGGAGAAAAAUAUCAGUCACACAAAUCGGCAACAGAUGCGAUUAUUCCCUAAAUCCAUCUCAUGCUCAUUCCAUUAUUCAAAAUGAUGAUCAUGUAAAAAGAUUGAUUUUUAGGAAGGAUUAAUGUGUUAUAUUAAAUUUUUUUGUUCAAAAUUGUUAAAGAAAAUUGUUGUUCAAGAAGUUGAAGAAUUGUAUCUCUUCAUCAUGUCAAGAAGAACUUUGUUCAAACAUGCUAAA